GUCACGGAGAGUGAUUGUGGUUGUAGAUUGUUUUGUUGUGAUUUUUUAUUUCGCCACGAAAUAUUAAAAUAUACUCAAUUAAAUAACAGUUUUCCACAUUUAUCAACAACGGUGAAUGAAACAAGUGACUUUUUCAAAUAUAUGAUUCAAAUCUGUUUAGUUGUUUCCGAUAUUAUCUAUUAUAACAUUUUUCUUGCACCGAACAUAUCUAUUUUUUCAUGAUAUGUUUACAAAUUAUAUUUUAAUUUCCACGAGAAGUAACAGAUACAUUAUAGUGCAAUGCACUUGAUCAGUUUAAUGAUUUAUUGAAUUUAUAAACGAUGUUCAAAAUGCGUAUGAACUUACGAAGAUUGAUAAUCAUAACUGUUGCUCUAGUCACGAUAUGGUUUUUAGUAUCUCACUUAUCACUAUUAGAGGUCCCGGCGUCAGCACCGCCACAACAUAAACUAGAACAUCUAGAAGAUCGACUAGUUAAACUUCAGGUUAAAAUGGAUCAGCAAUUGACUGAUAGUAACAAUUUGUUGGCUAAAGUGAAACAGCAUUUAAAGAAAAAUGCUCGCAAAGAAGUUAAGGAAAUUAUAGAAAAUGAUAUAGACAUUGAAGGUGCUUCAAAUCCUAUUCUGCCAGUGCUCGUAAUUGCAUGCGAUAGGAUAACAGUGAAGCGUUGUCUAGACAGCUUGGUCAAGUUUAGACCCAGCAAAGAGACGUUCCCCAUCAUAGUCAGUCAAGAUUGCGGGCACAACGCAACGUACAAAGUGAUAAAGAGUUUCACUGAGGUAGACCCUACCAUCACAGUGGUGCAGCAGCCAGACCGCUCAGAGAUACAGCUGCCGAGGGCCAAGGUUAAGUUCCGAGGGUACUACAAGAUUGCCCGACAUUAUCGCUUCGCUCUCAACCAUGUAUUUAACACCUUGGGACACAAAGCUGUUAUUAUCGUUGAAGAUGACUUAGAUAUAUCGCCAGAUUUCUUCGAAUAUUUCCUGGGCACGUAUCCCCUUCUACUGAAAGAUCCAAGUAUAUGGUGCGUGUCAGCUUGGAACGACAACGGUAAACGGGAGGUGAUAGACAUGUCGCGGCCGGAACUGCUGCACCGCACAGACUUCUUCCCCGGACUCGGGUGGAUACUACGCAAGGACACCUGGGCACAACUAGAACCUAAAUGGCCAGAAGCAUUCUUCGAUGACUGGCUACGUGAUCCAAAGAACACAGACGGGCGAGCCUGUAUCAGACCAGAGAUAUCUCGCACUUAUUCAUUUGGAAAGGUGGGAGUGAGCAAAGGUUUAUUCUUCGACAUGCAUCUCCGCUACAUGCAUCUUAAUACUGAUUUUGUUGAAUUCACUAAACUCAACCUCACAUACUUGCUCAAGGACGUGUACGAUGAGACAUUGAUGUCAUCAGUAUACGGUCUGGAUGAGAUGUCAGCUGAGGAGGUGAUAUCAAGCGCUGGCACGGACCCGGUCAGAGUGCCAUACACCAAUGCAAAGACUUAUCAGAAGGCCGCCAAGAAACUCGGCCUUAUGGAGGACUUUAGAAGUGGUAUACCCCGUACUGCAUAUAUGGGUAUUGUGACCUGUUUCAUCCGCGGUCGUCGGGUCUACCUCGCUCCCGACUACCCCUGGACGAAGUACGACCCUGCGUGGGGGUAGCGCUCACUACCCAAAAUAAUAUACCAAAAACACUAUUGAGGACAUUAUGAACCAUUUCAAGUGAUUUUGUGUCGUGACUUUAUAAAUUAAAAAAAGUGUCCAGUGGCCAGUGGGUGUUUUAAAAUAAUUAAAUAAUAGAGAGAAUAUUCGUUAUGUGUUGUUUUGUUAUUUACUGUUAUGUGUUUUUAAUUAAGUAAAUAAGAUAUGACUUGUCUCGUGUCUAUGGUUUAUCUUUUUCUUGUUUAUAGAUUACAUUUAUAAUAUGGACUGAGAAACAAAACUAAAGUAUAUUACUUAUUGUUUAUAUAGCUAUUUUAAACAAUUUACAUUUUAUUAAACUUUUCUAUUAUCCGAUUUGCAAAUCCAAAUGUGUUAAAUUUUAAAUGUUGCCAUGAUAAGUAUAUAACUUAUAAAUAUAAGGCUGUGAACGAUUGCGAAUAGAUUAUGUUCUAUUUUAUAUGAUUUUUUAACAACAACACUAUUUUUAAACGUACAUUCUGAUAUACUUUAAUGGUUAAAUACGAGGAACAUAUGCAAUAAACAAUACUUUUUACACUUGUAUCAUUUAUAUGUAUAUAAUGUAACUUAACGUUAUUAUAAA